AUUCCAAGUUUUGUCUCACCAAGUCCCCAGCGGCAACUUAGCCUGAGGAUCAGCCCUUUGUCUCAUAGAUAACAAGUCGAAUACCGCACCUUCCCACGACUCAAGUCUUGACCGGCCAAGGGAAUUGAAGAAGAAAGAAAGCAAAAUUCGAGCGGCAUCUUUACGAGGAACACCGCAGCUCUGACAUCACUACCUCUUUCACUCUCUCCAUAAGAUAGCAAAUCUUCACGCAAAUCCAGCCGCGCAUCCGUUUUCUUCCUCUCGAAGCAUCACAAAAAGGCCACUCGACCCGGAUUUCUCCUACAGGAACGUCCUUCUCCUGCUACUCUCAACAAGAAAGAAAACCAAAGCAAUAUCAAAUCACAUUCCCACUGCUUACCACCACAACGAUGGGCGGAGGCGGACAGCAAUACGCGAGCAGCGGGCGCGGGGGCGCGGGGAAUUUUAUCGACAGCACCAAGUCGCCCAAGCUGCAACCGCAGGACCUCCAGACGCCCACACUCAAGACGGGCAUGGUCACGACUGGGCGGGGCGGUUCUGGAAAUAUGGCUCUGAACAAGGACCCGGCUGAGACAAGGGCGCGUCAGGACGUCGAGCCUGUGGCGCGCCGCGAGAGCCAGGGUGCUCAGCAUAGCGGACGAGGUGGCGCGGGCAAUGUGUUCAAGGGCGAAGACGCGGAGCAGGCCAAGAAGGCUGCGAACACCAAUGCCAUCACUGACGAAAAGGACGAGCACAAGGGGCUGGCGGCCAAGGGAAAGGCCCUGCUGGGCAUCGGAAAGAAGGACUAGAGGUUCUCGGGAUUGUCCACUGGGGGCCAAAGACCAAAAUCAAAAAGUUCUAAAAAGUUCGGGGUUGGCAGAUGACUUUGAGAAGUAUAGUAGGAGGUCAGUAGUCCAUAAAAAGGAAAAGGCUGAUGAGGAAUGAAUACCCAAUUGUGAUUUUUUUUCUUUUCUUCUUCUUUACAUUGAAAUGGGGCAGCUAUAGGCUGCAAUGAAUCACCUGAUUCGGGAGGGGUCUACAAUUAGGAAGGAUUCAAUUGAUAUCAAGAUGUGUUAUCGAAAAAAGAGGACGGAACUAUGCAUGUAAAGAGUGAGAUUAUGUAGAGGGCGAGACAUGCGUCCCUUAAAUGCUACCCUACAGUGAUG